GGGGUGUGGAGGAGGAUGGAGCGAGGAGGGGACAACCUUGUCCCGCAGGGCAGCCCGGAGCGCAGGGGAGGCAGUCCUGACCUUGGAGGUCUCCCGCCUCCAGGGAAGAAGGGCCGGCUGGAGCUCAACGGGAGCCCAACGGGGCCACGCCUGCGCCACAAUGGAGCCCCCCCGCGGCCCCUCGGAGGUAUGAUGAUUCCUGUCUUCUGUGUGGUGGAGCAGUCGGACGGAGGGAUCCAGCCCGAUGGAUACGAGGGAAGAGAGGAGCACGCAGAGUUUGUGCUCGUCAGGAAGGACAUCCUCUUCUCUCAGCUGGUGGAGACGGCUCUGCUGGCUCUUGGCUACUCCCACAGCUCAGCUGCACAGGCCCACGGCAUCAUCAAGGUGGGCCGGUGGAACCCUCUGCCCAUCCACUUCCUCACCGACGCUCCAGAGGCCACGGUGGCGGACAUGUUGAUGGAGGUCUACCACAUGAUCACGCUACACAUCCAGCUCCACAGCUUCUCGAAGCUGGAAGAUCUGCCCAGCGAGCAGUGGAGCUACGCAACCGUCAGGAACGCUCUCAAAGAGCUGCUGAAGGAAAUGAACCAAAGCACUCUGGCCAAGGAGUGUCCGUUGUCCCAGAGCAUGAUCUCCUCCAUAGUGAAUAGUUCUUACUAUGCCAAUGUCUCCACUGCCAAAUGUCAAGAGUUCGGUCGUUGGUAUAAGAAGUACAAAAAAAUCAAAGGUGAUUACCUGGAGAAGAUGUGGCCCGGACGAGAUGUAACAGACAUUAAAAUUGAGAGGGACAGCAUAGCAGACUUCUGCAUGCUGGGACAGAGACCCCCUCCUCACCUGGCUGGUCUGGCUCAGCUCAGUCACCUUAGUGGUGGUGGUCCCGUCCUCAAAGCCGGAUCUGCUGAUCCACAGCUGCCCUCGCAACCACCUCAGCAGCCUCCUCCUCCCCAGCUACAGCCCUCACCUCAUGGCCCCCUUCACCACAGCCCUCCGCUCCGUACGGGACAGGCACCACCCCCGCCACCACCGCCUGGCGCUCUGCAGCCCCUGCUGGGACCAGGUGGGCUCCUUUCCCCUCAACUGUCCCCACAGCUGGUUCGCCAGCAGCUCGCCAUGGCCCACCUCAUCAAUCAGCAGCUGGCGGUGAGCCGCCUGCUGGCCCACCAGCACCCCCAAACCCUCAACCAGCAGUUUCUCAACCAUCCUCCGAUCCCUCGGGGGUCAUCCAAGGGUGGGAUCGACCAUCCAGGGAGCAACCCGUCGGCCUCCGAGGUCUCAUCUGAAAUCUAUCAGCAGGUCAGGGAUGAGCUAAAGAGAGCCAGCGUGUCCCAGGCCGUGUUCGCUCGGGUGGCUUUCAACCGCACGCAGGGUUUGCUCUCAGAGAUCCUGAGGAAGGAGGAGGACCCUCGGACAGCCUCCCAGUCUCUGCUGGUCAACCUGAAGGCCAUGCAGAACUUCCUCAACCUGCCUGAGAGUGAGAGAGACCGCAUCUACCAGGAGGAGAGGGAGCGCACCAUGAACCCGUCUGUGGGCCUGCCUCCGUCCAACUCCUCCAACCCUGGCACGCCACGACUCCCCCAGAAAGUGUGGGAGCGGAGCCUAGAGGACCAGAUAACCCCUGAUACCUGGGCCACCAUUUGGAAGAACAAGACCAAGAUCUCCAACACUCCGAAGCCGUCUGGCCCGAGCCCGGACGCCCCGCUGAAGCUGGAGUCUCUGGUCAACAUCACGUCCGGCAUCUACGAUGAGAUCCAGCAGGAGAUGAAGAGGGCCAAGGUGUCGCAGGCGCUGUUCGCAAAGGUGGCCGCCAACAAGAGCCAGGUGAACAUGCCUGAGCUGGCCUUGUUACGCUUCGUGGUGUUGGACGAUGACUACAUCGGAGAUGACUUCAUCGGCCAGUACACCGUGGCCUUCGAGUGCCUUCAGCCUGGCUACCGGAACGUGCCCCUGCUGGGCCUAGCAGGAGACCCCUUACCUCACGCCGGCCUUUUUGUCCACGUGGUUAUCACCAACCGACGAGGGGACGGGAAGGCCCCGCGCCGAGGGCUGUCAGUGAGGAGGGCAGGUCGACGUGGAAGGGAGUACGUCUCACUGAGACACACGGGCAUCAAGAUGGUGGACGAGGUCUUCAAACAAGCGGGUGGGCCCCUUAAAGAGGCCACAGACCUGCGAGAGUACGCUCAGGGACGCGAGUACCUGGAAUCACAGUCCACCUGA